UAUAAUUUAUGGAAACUGUAACAUAUCUGAUCUACAAGAUUGAAGUCGAAGUGUAACAUGCUCGUUGAAGAGAUACCAAAGUCUACCAAUGCUAAAAGCUCUACUAUAUAUUUCACAUCGACUAUAAAUUUAUCAGCUAGACUGAUGAAUAGGAAUGGUCAUGGUGAUGAUGAAGAGUCGAGUACCAAUAAAAAGGGUAGAGCUAAAGUGAAUUAUAAUGUUAACCAAUUAAUGAAUAUUCAAACACAAAUCAAUGGAGCACUGACAGGUUCAGAUGGACCCUUAAAAUCGGCCCAACAAAUUCAAUUAGAAAGAGUUGUAUCUAAAAGAAUUGUUGAUCUUAGUAAAGAAUCUAAUAAUUUUGAAUUACCCAAGAAUUUUUGUUAUAAUCCAACUCAUGAAAUUGAUCAAAAUAAAAGAUUGAGAUUAGGUAAUACUCCAUCUACAAAAAAAAUUUUAUCAGCACGUCGUAAUCUCAAUCUGUAUUUUGAAGAAGAAAGAAAUUUAAUGUCUAUAAAUACUAUAUUAGGAUUAAAUUAUCAAUUUGUUGAUUUCUCAGAAGUAGAAGCUCCAAGGAAAAAGAAAAGGAAAGUAGAAGGUCGUAUGUAUAGACCGCGUGUUAGACUUUGUUGUAUUUGUGGUUCUACUUCUAAUUAUUCAAGAUGUCAUUUAUGUGGACUUUUCUAUUGUAGUGUACGAUGUAACAAAUUCCAUCAAGAACUGAGAUGUAAAUAGUUUGGCAAGCAUAAUAAUAAAAUGGUUGCAUUUUGCAUAUUAUAUACCAUCAAUUAAAGGAAAGAAAAAAGAUAUGGUAAUGCAUACCAAGUGCGUAAAGACAAAAUGAGGUAAGAAGAGCUUAAGCAGGAUAAAUAGUCAAGUAUAAAUACUGAGAAUGAGGUAUGAGAAAAUCAAUCAGAUAAGAUGUCAGCUAAUUAGCGAAAUAGAACCAGAACCAGAACCAGGUCCAUGAAACUUCUGUGGUUAUUAGUGUU